UGACGUAUUUUUAGGCCCUGAGGUAUUUCUUUCACUUCUGACAUCCCUGACAUAACAGCUGUCAAUCAAUCAUUGACUUUCGACGCUAGAACGACAGCAACGACAUGCAGAAGGGACAAGCUUGUUCAAGUUUUAGAGUCCGGCUACACUGAGACACGUGUGGGAAAAAAACGUUUUUGUAAACUCAGAAUUCAAAAUAAUAGACAUACGAAGAGUUAAGAAGUAGAGCAAAGCUAGGAAGACUCUUGAGUUCAAAGGUUUCUUUUGUGGAUUGGUCUUCGCGCCGGGGAGUCUUGGGCAAUUGGAUUACAACGAGAUCAGACGUAGUCGAGUGAAAAAAACUACAGCUGACAAGAAAAAGGAAGUCUUCGAAUGAAUGUUAGAAUCAAGGACAUCAAGGAUUGAGUAAAAGACCUUAUGAGAUUCAAGUUCAAAUAGCAUAUAAACCUAUGCUACGGACGAGCAAGUGCUGUUCGAUAUACUACUGGAUUUAGCAACCGAUGGUCGUUCGAAUUGUUAAAAAAAGAGCUGCAUCAAUUAGCAAAGCAAAACUCCGAGGUCCUAUACCGAUACUUAACACCGUUAAUUCUGUUCAGUGGUUUUGCUCUCAGCUUCGAACAGUUGUCUUUAUCACCACAACUGAAAUGACGUGUGGAGUGUGCCGACCAAAAAUCAUACAAUAUUGAUAACUCGACUUCAGAACGAAAUCCAAGAUAAGUAUUUCUUGUAUCGGACGUGAAUGCCUACCUACUUCAAAUAAACCCCACCGCUCUUUUCCUAUAUGUGGUUUCUGGGAUAUUGACCUACUUGCAUCAGUUCUCGCUGCAUAAUCUUUAUUCUCAUCCCAUAACUGUUGGACAUUUGUUUUGGGUAAUAAUUGGAUCUUACUGGUGGCAAUAAGUGUGGGAUUUUUCUAUCACGUACGAACAAGAGUCGCACAGUGCAUGACGACAAUCGUUCUGUUUCUACGUAACUCUGGAUCCUCAUAACAGUUGGACCUGAUGUGGUAGUUAUGUGCGCUUUUAAAACAGCUCGCUCUCAAUACAUUCAAGACUAGCUUCUGUACGUUGAGACAUCCACCUUCAACGAAAUAUCAACAAGCUUUUGAGCGAUAAAAAUUUGUUUACAAUUGUUGUCUGGUUUGAAGUGUCCUCGUUUAGUUGAAGUAUUUUGGAGUUUGCCAAAAUAAAAAAGGUUUGUCCGGUACUUCUUGGAGUCAGGACAGCUGUUCGGAAGAAGAUAAAUAACAUUUGCAACUUCUUGCAGAUUCAUCAUCGGUAAAGCAAUUACAGUCAUUUAGAAUGCGAAUUUGUAAAAAAGGUUCAGUUGUACACCUUUAAGGUAUUGGCACCCUGGAAAGAUCAUAUUUACUUCAUUCAAAGAGAUAUUAAACAGGAUCAAUUCGAUUGGGCCUGAGACGCACGAAUCGGCGAAGCAACGAAUCAGAACCGACGCACCAUCUUGUAACUACAAUUUACUAAUAACRUCGCAAGAGAGCAGAAAUAAGGCCACUUUUCGCAUGAUCUUGAGGUAACAAGUCGCAGAGUACAGUUAUUAAUGAUUUGACGUUAAUUUAGCCUGACAAAGUAUCGCCCGUCUUUGAAAAUACAAAGGUUAAUAAUCAAGAAAAGCCCUAGAAGAACUUCUGUUGUAUUUUACUGAGAAGGGAUUGCGAGACGCGGUACAAGAUGAGUGAUUUCAGCACAGAAGUGAUGGUGCCAUUGAGCAUCAUUUCAUUCCUUGUCGUCACGACCAACAUCGCAGUAUGUCUACUGGUUUUCAAGAUCAAAAACAUGCGAACAUACACGAACGGGUUUGUCGUUUCUCUAGCUUUAUCAGACAUCCUCACGGGAGUAACUCUCAUCAUCCAAUAUACUAUUGAGCUCCACUACCAAUCGCGUAUUGCUAUCAACAUUCUCUACGCUCUUGUCCUCUUCUGCGGCGUGUGGAACAUCUGUGCAGUCACUUAUGACCGCUAUCUCGCCGUUGUCAGACCAUUCUCAUAUCGAACUGUAAUCCCUAAAUUCUUCAAGAUAUCUUUGCCUUUGAUUUGGACGCUCUCCUUAACAAUUGCAAGCCUUCCGGCCUUCGCAUGGAAGGGAAACAUCAAUCUGCUAAUCAACAAAGUGUAUAUAUUUUUUACGUUUUUCUUCUGUGCGGUUUUGCCGUUCACAAUCAUCAUCUACGCGAACUUGAGGAUUUUUAUGACUGUGCGAAAAUGUGUCAAGAAAGAAAGAGAACUUAGUAUUUCGACGGAAGCCCCUCGUCAGGACGUAAAGGAUUCAAAACACAGAGCAAAAAAGAUCUCAACAGAGGCAAAAGUAGCGAAAGUCUUCGCGAUAGCUGCGUCCAUGUUGAUUUUGAGCUGGUUCCCCGUCUUCAUCCAUAGCGGAGCUUUUGUUUUUAACAACCCCGGCAUCGUCCCGAAGGAAAUUUUAAACAUCUCGCCAUUUACGAUCGCACUUGGUUCUUUAGUGAAUCCUAUACUCUAUUCGUUUAUGAAACCCGACUUCAGGCACGCGAUAGAGAAGAUUCUAAGGAGACGUGGAGGCAAUGAUAUUCGUUUCCACCGCUCCAGUUUUCUGCCCAGUUUUGUCGGCUCUGAGAGCAAUGCAUUUUUCUCCGAAAAGAAUAACAACAAAAAUAAAAACAAUUCGAUUCCCAGAAGAAGUUGGGCCAGUAUUUGCAAUAACGAUACUACAUGUCGCUUGGAAUCCCAAAGUAAAAACCUUCUGUCAGUUGAAAGUGCAAUUUGAUGAUCAAAACAAAGAUUGCUAUUCGAAAUGCAAGAUAAUGUUAGAACAACGAACUGCGCAGGCUCCGAAAAUUGGCGGGAAAAUUGUCCAAAAACUAAAAAAGAGCGUACUGUAAAUCUGUAAAAACUUGUAUUGAUACUUCGAAGUUAGUGCUGAUUUUCGGUGCUUCGUUCAAUUAUUAUCCUUGAUAUUUUAUUUCCGACAAAUGGUCAAAAAUGGCAAAUGUUCAACACAUUUUGUCAAUCGCAUUCUAAGCAACAGUAUGUAGAUAAGAUAGUAGAUUUCAAGCUUUUACAUCAGGUAUUCAUGUUAAAAAAAGAGGCUUUACUUUAGACAAGAUAGAUUAUAGUUUUAUAGAAUGCAACUCUAAGUAUUGUUACGAGGCUCUUGUGGGUCGCUAUGAAAAUAUAUCGUUAUCAUCAAUCAUUAUUAGAGGCAUAUGACACAUUUAUUCAGUCAUAACAGGCAUAGGACUCUGAUUGGGAUAGGAUGAUCACCCAUUUUGAUUCUCCAGAAAUAGCAUUGAACCUUAUAUGUGAAUAACGACUCGGUGAUCAAACUUGUUAAACCAAUCAGGCUUUGAACAACAGGAAAAGAUGGCUUCCAUAUUCCAAAAUGCUUUAUUAAAAACUUAUCGUGUGAAAAA